GUUCUGGAGGUAACCGGUUACUGAGGGCGAGAAGCGCCACCCGGAGGCUCUAGCCUGACAAACGGUUGCUGACCUGGACCAGAGCUCUUCCCUUACGCAAGUUAAGUAGACGUUAUUUAGAUGGAAUGGAGAGGCCAGGUCUCGGCCUCUCGUCGCGACGUUCGCCCGCUCGCUCUGAGGCUCCUGAAGCCGAAACCGGCUAGACUUUCCUCCUUCCUGCCUGCCUGUAGCCGCGUUGUUGCCACUCCGCCACCAUGUUCGAGGCGCGCCUGGUCCAGGGCUCCAUCCUGAAGAAGGUGUUGGAGGCACUCAAAGACCUCAUCAACGAGGCCUGCUGGGACAUUAGCUCCAGCGGCGUAAACCUGCAGAGCAUGGACUCGUCCCACGUCUCCUUGGUGCAGCUCACCCUGCGGUCUGAGGGCUUCGACACCUACCGCUGCGACCGCAACCUGGCCAUGGGCGUGAACCUCACCAGUAUGUCCAAAAUACUAAAAUGCGCCGGCAAUGAAGAUAUCAUUACACUAAGGGCCGAAGAUAAUGCGGAUACUUUGGCGCUAGUAUUUGAAGCACCAAACCAGGAGAAAGUUUCAGACUAUGAAAUGAAGUUGAUGGAUUUAGAUGUUGAACAACUUGGAAUUCCAGAACAAGAGUACAGCUGUGUAGUAAAGAUGCCUUCUGGUGAAUUUGCACGUAUAUGCCGAGAUCUCAGCCAUAUUGGAGAUGCUGUUGUAAUUUCCUGUGCAAAAGACGGAGUGAAAUUUUCUGCAAGUGGAGAACUUGGAAAUGGAAACAUUAAAUUGUCACAGACAAGUAAUGUCGAUAAAGAGGAGGAAGCUGUUACCAUAGAGAUGAAUGAACCAGUUCAACUAACUUUUGCACUGAGGUACCUGAACUUCUUUACAAAAGCCACUCCACUGUCUUCAACGGUGACACUCAGUAUGUCUGCAGAUGUACCCCUUGUUGUAGAGUAUAAAAUUGCUGAUAUGGGACACUUAAAAUACUACUUGGCUCCCAAGAUCGAGGAUGAAGAAGGAUCUUAGGCAUUCUUAAAAUUCAAGAAAAUAAAACUAAGCUCUUUGAGAACUGCUUCUAAGAUGCCAGCAUAUACUGAAGUCUUUUCUGUCACCAAAUUUGUACCUCCAAGUACAUAUGUAGAUAUUGUCUUCUGUAAAUAACCUAUUUUUUUCUCUAUUCUCUGCAAUUUGUUUAAAGAAUAAAGUCCAAAGUCAGAUCUGGUCUAGUUAACCUAGAAGUAUUUUUGUCUCUUAUAAAUACUUGUGAUUUUUAUAACACAAAAGGGUCUGGACUCUAAAUGCAGUUUUAAGAAUUGUUUUUGAAUUUAAAUAAAGUUACUUGAAUUUCAAACAUCA